GCUUCUCAGUGUGAUCGUAUCUGCGACUGUGCAGAUGACGCACUGAGCUUCACUGUUUUAAAGAUGGCUCCCUUCCCGGACGAAGUGGAUGUUUUUACUGGCCCACACUGGCGAAUGAAGCAGCUGGUGGGCCUAUACUGCGAAAAGCUGUCAAAAACCAACUUCUCCAACAACAAUGAUUUUCGCUCGUUUCUUCAGUCACUCUGCGCCACCUUUAAGGAGUUCAAGAUGCAUGAACAAAUUGAGAAUGAGUACAUCAUCGGCCUGCUGCAACAGCGCUGCUGCACUGUGUACAAUGUGCAUUCUGACAACAAGCUCUCAGAGAUGUUGUCCCUCUUUGAAAAAGGGUUGCACAACGUCAAGAGUGAAUAUGAGCAGCUUAACUAUGCCCAGCAGCUGAAGGAGAGACUGGAAGCUUUCACACAAGACUUUCUUCCCCACAUGAAGGAAGAGGAAGAGGUUUUUCAGCCUAUGCUUAUGCAGUACUUCACCUACGAGGAGCUCAAGGACAUCAAGAAACAGGUGAUAGCUCAACACUGCAACCAACACCAAUGGGACUGUGCCGCUGAGGUGCUGAAGGGCUUCAGUUUGUGGAGCCAGGCGGAGGAGCUGCAAAAGGCUUUCAAAUAUGCCGACCACGAGAAGACAGAUUAUGAACUGGAGAAGAACAAGAAUUCUUCGACCCACAUCUCCCAGCUUCCUACAGAAAUCAUGCUGAGGCUGUUUCACUAUUUGGGCCCUGAAGAUCUGUGUCGCUGCAGUCAAGUGUGCAGCUCUUGGUCAGAGCUUGCCAAGACCGGCUCUCUGUGGAGGCACCUCUACCCUGUGCGCUGGGCCAGAGGGGAUUAUUACAGUGGCCCCCCUGGGGAUCUGGACCAAGAGCCAGAUGAGGAGUGGGUUAAGAGUCGGCAGAAUGAGGGUCGGGCCUAUCAGGAAUGGGAUGAGGAUGCUGAUGUUGAUGAGUCUGAUGUGUCAGGCGAUACACAGGGCUCCCUGGCAAUCACCACUGCUCAGCGAGAGAAGAGGCUUCUGAACAGGAUUAUCCAGAACCUCCUGCCAGCUGUGGGUCCGUCUGUCAAGUCCAUUGUUCUGGCGUACAGUUCUACGGUCUCCAGUAAAAUGGUGCGCCAGAUGCUCAGUUUCUGCCCCAAUAUUACCCACCUGGACCUGACCCAGACUGAUGUUACAGACUGUGCUUUUGACAGCUGGUCAUCUCUCGGAGCUUGUCUCUCUCUGGAGCACCUGGACUUGUCGGGUUGUGAGAAGAUAACUGAUCACACCAUGAAAAAACUGUCCGUUGGUUUGGGUGACCUCACGCCCUCCACCUCCUCCAAACAUUCAGCCCGACGAGCCAAGCUUCUCAAAAGUUCCCCGAUACCCAUCACACUCAUGGAAGAGAGAAACCUACAUCCAGUGGGGCGGAAGCGGCAGGCCAUCAUUUUCAAGCCGGGGACCGGCCGUUGGGGCGCUCCCUGCACCCCAACACCAGUGUGGGUCCUUGACUCCUCGGACCUUGCCGAUAUUGAAGAUGCUGCAGAGUGGACCCGUCGUGGUGGGAUGUCUCUUCCUGAAGCAGAGAGCUUUGUAGAGACACAGCUUGUUGGAGGCUCGUGCUGCUGCAGGAGGAGCAGGAGGCGCGGGCACAGGACUAGCUCAAAUGCCUCCUAUCUGCAUCAGCAGUAUGCCAUGUCUGGGGAGGUGUUUUGUGGUCACUCCACCUGCUGCACCAGUGACAUGGCCCUCAGGACUUUAACUGGACAUCAGUGCAAGUCAGGCAUCACCAGGAGCGGCACUGCAGAGUUUCGGACUAAAUGCUCCUCGUUUGGGGGCCUGCAGUGCCUGGAGCGUGAAAACAGGACUGACCAGUCAGAGGCAAAACGCUCACUGAGAUUUCUCAGUCUCUCUGGAUGUUAUCAAGUUACAGAUUUGGGCUUGAGGGCUCUGUCGCAGCGUGGAGGGCUUCCUUUCCUGGAGCAUCUCAACCUGUCUGGCUGCCUCUUCAUCACUGAGGUGGGGCUGCAGGAGCUGGUGUCAGCCUGUCCUUCCCUCAAUGAUGAGCACUUUUAUUACUGCGACAACAUCAACGGUCCUCACGCAGACACGGCCAGCGGCUGCCAGAACCUGCAGUGUGGUUUCAGGGCCUGCUGUCGCUCUGGAGAGUGAUCCUGCCAAGCAACGCUCUCCCUAAAAUGUCACGUCUCCUUUUUAUUGCACUUUAUCCUGGGAAUACCGAUUGCUGUAUUUUGUGUCACUUCAAAAAUGUUUCUGGAAGAAACUGUAAAUUUGCUCCCAUUUCCAUCUAUAUUAAAUGGAAAUAAUCUUUUAGAGAAAGAACACAUGAAGGGGUGAUAUAGGAUUUGAAGUGAAGUGAAAAUGUACAUUCUGAUUCCCUUUUUUGGUUUUGAAAAAUUAAAACAAAAAAAACACAAAAAAUUAAAUAGAGAACCUUAAACACCAAGAACUUUGUGUUUUCUGUAGUUAAACCAUGUUUCCUUUGUCACUAAAACUCUACUGAUUUAUACAAGUCUACAAUACAAGUCUUCUCCCCCUGCUGUGUUUAGUUGAUCCACUUAUAAUCAUCAUAGUAUAGACUGACAUCAACAUUAAUGAAACAAGCUUUGUCAUUCAGUUGAGAGGGUAAUUAAACAGGAGUGAUUUGAUUGCUACUCCCCUUUAGAUUGAAGCUGUCACGUUGAAGGUUACUGGUCAGAAUUGAAGUAGUCCCACUGUAUGCGGACGACUUCCCUCACUGUGAUUUUCAUCAAAUUACUGAGUGACCAGUAAAGGAUGUACAGACAUCAGGAUUGGCACGUGAUGUUGCAAUGUAGUCUUAACCAUUUUGUCCAACUUUGUGAUACCAUUUCAACAAGCUUUUUCUUUAUGCACUCCAAUGUGGGGAAAAAUGGACCAAUGUUCAUAUAAGAGGGAGUUUGACACACCCAACACUGAUGAGGGUUUUUAGAAAACCUUCAGAAGGGGGUGAAGAAUAAUUACCCUCAGAUUGGGAGAAGACUGCUGUGUACUUGGUCAGUUUUCAGUAGAUUGUACUUCAUCUCUAAUCAUUCUGCAGCAGGAUGUAUUUCCUUGUUCAGAAGUCUUGCAUGAGGAGUUCUAUUGGAAAUGUUCAAUUCAUAAACAGAUCAAUAAAAGUAUCUUGGGGUUAAAA